AUAUAUAAACACUCCCACUUUCUCUCACAAACCCACAACACUGACUCACAUCAUCACCAUGGCUUUUUCCACUAGCUCAUGUCUCUUCUUCUUCCUCUUAACACUUGUUCUUUUCUCAACCCAAAUCAGUGCAAGAAACAGCUACUCCUUUGGCAAGUUCCAAAGAGAGGACCCCAAAGAGCAAAACCCUAACAAUCUUGUCCCUAUCGAAACCAACGAGAAGAAAGAGCCAGAUGACCAGAACCCUGCCUUUAUCCCCCAGUCCGAAAACGGGUACGGCUUGUAUGGUCACGAGACAACCGACAACAACAAUGAAGAGUUGAACAAUAACAAGUACGAGGACAACGUUAACUACGACGACUCUUUCUCCACCCCCAGCCUAAGCGAAACGGCUCAAACCCAAGAAUCUUACAAGAACUACAAAGAGAGCUAUCCUAAGACUACCGAGAUUUACGACAACAACAAGGACACGAGCUACUACGAAAACUCGAAUGCUUACGGGACAGAUAAGAGAGAUAAUGAUAUUAAUGAUCCGUACAAGGGUUAUAGCAACAAGGACACGAGCUACUACGAAAACCCCAAUACUUACGGGACGGAGAAGAGAGAGAAGGAGCCGGCGUACAGGGGUUAUAACAACAACGUAGAGAGACAAGGGAUGAGCGAUACGAGGUAUAUGGCGAAUGGUAAGUACUAUUACGACCUUGACGAUGACAGAAACCACGGCCGUUUCUACCAGAAUCAUUACUACAACUACAAGCCCACCGGUUACAAUGAGAAGAAGUCCAACUUCAAGAAUCCAUACGAUUCCAACCAACAGUCCGAGAUGUUGGGGGAAGAGCAAGGAGAUCAGAUCACUCCAUGAGCAUCACCGCAUGAAACAAUAAUAAGUAUCUGCUUUUGUAUUCUCGAUUUUUGUUUCAAGUGGUUUAAUCAUCAGUCAAAAGUAUAAUUUUAAUUUGCAUAUAAAAUUUGGAAAAAAAAAUAUAUAUAUUAUAUGGCGAUGCUUGUUAAUUAUGAUAAUGUUCUGAUGCUGGUUCAAUCUCUAUUCUUCUUUAUAUAGAGAUUAAAAUGUUUUGCAUUAUGUACAAGAAAAUAUAAGAUACUAAUAUCAAUGUCGUCUGACUAUUGAAGCUGUUGAUGAUUGUUUCUGUAUUAGUCGAUUGACCAUAAUUUAUCUCAAAGAAAAUGUGGAUAGUCAAUGAUUAGUUUGCGAUUGAA